AUUUAUUCACGUUAAUCUUGCAAGAACAAAUAUCCCUCAAGGAUUUCAAGUGCAUAUGCAUUAAAUUUGCUUGGCAAUCUGAAUCGACUCUAUAUAUUACCAUAACUUCUUUGGGAAACGCCAAAGUUGUUGAACAAGCGGCCAAUAGAACAAAUCUCUUUGCGAGAUGGCGAACAACUGGAACAAGUAAUAAAUAGAGUCAUGACCGAGAACAUCCAUCUUCUUGAAAAAGAACACUCUUUCAAACAUGACGACACCUCGGGGCCGCCAUUAUUCAACGCAAAUGACGACUCGGAGCUGGAAGCACGAGGCACCUCCUCCAUAAGGAACAUUAUCACGUUCUUCCUUCUCGGCCUCAUGGUAUUUACGGUCCUCUACUUGGGAAUGACCGCUGCCCAGGAUAUCCUAACCGAGACCGCGAUACCCACGUCAAGCUUGCUUCUCACUACCGCUGGCCCAUUCUUCGUCGCGACUUUGAUGACGCCGCUAGUUAUACCUCAUGUGGGACCGACUCUGAGGAUCACCCUCGUUUUCGUGCUCAUGACGUCAGGGAUUGUGCUGACAUCGCUAGGUGGAAAGGUGAUGUUUAAGUUGAUUGGCGUUUCUCUGGUGUCUUUGGGGUGCGGGGUAGCAGAGACGAGCUUUCUUGGAAUGACGGCACUUUAUGAGGCCGCGACACUGAGUGCAUACAGCGGAGGGACUGGAGCGGGGUUUGCUAUUGGUCCGCUUUACUAUACAGCUAUGACCACAUGGGCGUGCGUGUCCCCCCAGACAACAAUCUUGACCAUCACAGCCUUGCCUCUUCUGAUCCUGCUGAUCUACGUCUUCCUCAUCACCCAAGAUCUCCAGGGGCCCUUUACCCUCACCAAGACUUUAUCCUACAAGCGAAUCACGCACUCUGCAUCCGCACCACCCACGACUCUCACAUGGACCGAGAAACUUCACGUAAACAGGCGCGCGUUGCCAAUAACAACCGUGCUUGUGAUUGGCGUGAUCUGCGAGUAUCUCGCUCUGCAAGCUGUCGUCACUACGAUUGCUUUUGAGAACUCUCCCUUUACUCCUCGUGACCAUUACGAAUUCUAUUUCUUUAUGUUCGCCGCCGGGGAGUUGUUAGGACGUGGGUACGCUAUCGUCAUGCAUUGUUUAGACACCGGCUGUGUCUACCUAACCAAGCACACUUGGGUGUUCACGCUAAUGCUAGCGGCAAAUCUCGCCUUUCUUAUCUCGGUGAGCUGGUAUAGAUUUCUCCCCUCUGCAUGGGUUAUUUUUCUCGUUUUGCUAGAGCACGGGAUAAGCGCCGGGGCACUUUACGUUAACACCUUCUCAAAGGCGGGAACCUCUGAGGAGGAUUUGCAAAAGCAGCAGUUUUCCCGCGCUUUUACCACGCUAGGGUGCGGGCUCGGUUUGCUGGCUGCCGGGUCUAUUGGCCUCGCUAUAGAACCGAGGUUACGAAGUCAUUGCGUUGCCAUGGCAUCCACGCAUAAGCAGGCUGCUUUUUGUUUUACGCGGCGAAUGGAAGGAUGGAAUUCUACUGUUCAUUGCCGCUGGUAAAAUACAGCAGGCCCAUAUUCUAAGAUGAAUAAAAAACGAUACACGAACGAUGUAAGGGACCUUUCAAUAAAAGUAAAGGAGGUAAUAAAUAUACAAAUGUAAUUUA